AUGGCGGCGGGUGUGAGUCGAAACGGUCACCCCCCCCCCGUCUCUAGUGAUGCUAUCGUCGAAUCUGAGCGUGUGAUUGUGCUCAACGACAACGAUUCUGCAGACAAGCUUCACAAACUGAAGAACGCCGGAGAAAAUGAAGAGAAAUUGCUAGAGCUAAACAUUACUGAGAAUGAAAUACAGAAAAUUGUUAAAGAACUUGAACAAGAAGAUCUUUUAUCUCUUUGCAAUGAAGAACUGAAUGUUAGUGUGGACAGAAAUGAACAGACAAUAUCCUUGUCAUCCGUGGAUCCAAGACUGACAGAUGGGCAUGCUAACUUAACACCUCCUCAGACACAAACCCGCUCUCCUGGACUGUCUUUGACAAGAACACAAAAUUCAUGGAUCAGCCAGUUCGGGAUUCCUUGGGACAAGAUACCUGCUUCACUCUCACAGGCACUGUUAAGCAGACAGAGGGCUAUCCCAGCAGACAGAAGAGCCAUGGUGAGAACUGUGGUAGCUGCCAUGCAGAAACAUUGUACAAAUCCCAACAGGGCUGCCUGUAUAGAGAGAGCGAAAAGGAAAAGGAUUGUGUCAACAUAUCCUUUGACGUUUGCAGACAAAACUAAGGAAGGUGAACAGUUGAGUGUGGUUUACUUUUCACUUGUUAAUCAACUUAAAAUAAGAGUUGAACACGUCAACCGCAACAAUGUAAGUGACCGAAUACGGAGACCAAAGACAAUGCCAAAAACUAGUGAUGUCUCUACCACCAAAACAGUACGGUGCACAAAUUGGCAGCCAAAAUGUCUCCCAGAAGGAGAGACAGUCGACUCUUUGAAGGAAAAACAAAAAAAUAUGGUAGCCAUAUUUCAGUCUGCUGGCCCCAGAGAGGCUUCCUGGAGAAAGAGGACUCCAUCUUCAUUUUAG